UUUUCUGCCUCAGUCACUUCCUUCCUCAGCUUCUUCCUCCCCAGUGCGCUGAAGAAGAUAACCACCCCGCACCGACGCAGCCCCAGUUUUCUCGGAAAAGAAAAGGAGGCGGAGAGGCAGCAAUGAAUGUGGAUCACGAAGUUAACCUCUUAGUGGAGGAAAUUCAUCGUCUGGGUUCAAGAAAUGCUGAUGGAAAAUUAAGUGUGAAAUUUGGGGUCCUCUUCCGAGAUGACAAAUGUGCCAAUCUCUUUGAAGCACUGGUAGGAACUCUCAAAGCUGCAAAAAGAAGGAAGAUGAUUACGUACCCAGGAGAGCUACUUCUGCAAGGUGUUCAUGAUGAUGUGGACAUUAUAUUGCUGCAAGAUUAAUGUGGCUUGCAUAGCUUUGCUUAUUGUGGGUUUUUUUGUUUCUGGUAAACUGGAAUAUUACAUCAAAGGACAAACGUAUUAGCAUAACUUAAUGUAUUUUUAUAGAACUUUAUAAACAAAAGGAGACUCAUUUUAGAAGCCUGUCCUUUUUUAUAUCUUGAAAGUAAAUUUAUGUAUUACACUGUAAAAUAAAUAAAACCUAUUAUUUUUUCUCAGGAAUCCGGCUGGAAAAUGUAGGCAAUGAGGCUUUUUUUGGUGGGGAUGCAAGAGUGUUUGUUUCAUAAAUCAUUCUUAGAUAAUUUCUACAGAUAUUUGACAUUCUAUGAAAUCAAGAAGCAAACUUGAAGACUAGCUCCCACAAUGAAUGUAAUGUUUAUGUAAUAAAAACAUGUAACUCUCU